AUGUCUUACUCGUCUGCAAGGAAGCUGACAUUCUAUGAGGCUCUGACCUUUGUCCUGCUGCUAGUCACACCCGCCUGCGUGUCCUCCCUGCACAGUGUUUCCUGGGUUUCUGCAAAGGAUCCCUACAGUGAAAGCACGUCAGGCCGUUCCACUCGAACCCGACGCCAGCUUUACUUUCGAAAUGAAUGGGCAAGUUGGAGCGGCUGGUCAGUAUGUUCAAGAAGUUGCGGUGCCGGUGCCUCUGUGCGCACACGAACCUGUAUCACUAGAAACCCAGUGGGCGGCCCAUGUGGAGGUGAUCCCAGACAAUACAAGAUCUGCAACACCAAAGAGUGCCCUCCUGGCUCUGAAGAUUUUCGAGAGAUGCAGUGUGUGGCUUUCAAUGGCAGACAGCUGGUGACGGGAAAUGCCUUCAAAUGGACUACCUUCCAUGGAGGUUCCAACCCCUGUGAGCUCAACUGCCUGGCCUUGGGUCAUAACUUCUACUACAACUUUGGCCGUGUGCUUGAUGGCACAGCCUGUGACAAAGUACCUGGGGCUGUGUGCGUCAACGGGCGCUGUCUGAAGCCUGGUUGUGAUUCCAUCUUGGGUUCAAAGGAGCAAGAGGAUGCCUGCAUGGUCUGUGGAGGGAAAAACACCACCUGCCUUCAUCACAGGAGUGUUUACCAGAGCAACGGCCUGGAGGCAGGACCUUUUGGAUACAACGAAGUGGCAAGGAUACCAGCUGGAGCCACUCACAUCCGAGUUACGGAUAACAGCAGGAAUUAUCUCGCACUCCAGAAUGGCCGCUCACAGUUCGUGAUUAAUGGUAACUGGAAGAUCAGUGUCCCGGGCGAGUACAAUAUAGCUGGGACCAAACUUUUAUACCGGCGGUCAGCUGAUACCUGGGAGAGCUUUGAGGUCCCGGGGCCAACCCAGGAAGACUUGCAUCUAAUGGUUCUGGCCACAGGCAGAAACCCAGGGAUUGAGUAUGAGUACUGGUUACCACCUGACCAGUACGACCUUCAUCAUGGGAGAAGUCCACUGCGUCAAGCUCACCACAGUUCCAACUACCUCCCCUGGCAGCAGGCAACCAGCGCAACCACAACCACCACGACCACCACAACACGACCUCCCACAGUGAGCACCCGUUCCCACUGGUUCGUAAAGCCGCAGAAGCCCGCACUGCACCCUCCCCGCCAUCCCGUUUUGCCUCGCCUGGAACGCGAGGAGAACCAUAGAAACCUGCUCCCUCAACCCUCGCCAGGAAGGCAUUGUGGGAAAUGUCGCAGAGUCAAAGGUCGAAGAGAACGCCAGAGGCAGUAUUGCCAAAAGGAUUUUAUUUUUCGAGCCAGAGUCUUAGGGAAGCUGUACAGAGGAGAGGAGACACGUUACGAUGUCCAGAUCCUUCACACUUACCGGAACGGCUUCCGGCUGGAGCACCGUGAGUUCCUUUGGGUCCCGAAUGUGUGUGACUGCCCCAACCUGGAGCGGGGCAAGCAGUACAUACUAAUGGUGCGCCGACACAUUAACUACGAGCAGACCCUAAAUCGCAUUCUACUAGAAGAGGACAGCUACGUGGUACCAUACAGACCGAGAGAGGAUGAGCUAGUGCGGGAACUCCAGAGACUGUGCGACAACAGAGGACAUAAACAUCACGUGGCGUGA